AUGACUGCUUCGCAUAUCAAUGCUAAAGUUUUAGAUAGUUUACGUUUGGGCAAUCCAGAUAUUGCAAAAGAUGCAAAAUGUCACAAGGUUGUUUUCACACCAGUCACUAUAUUCUAUUAUCAAAAACGCCAAGUCGAUGCAACAGGGAACUCUAGUGAAAACUCUACUCAAGGUGUACAGGCGAGUUCAGAAAUACAACUCGUGUCACCCAAUGCAACAGAACUUAAUCAGACGGAAUUCAACAACAUCCUCGUAACAGGGUACAGUCAAGUGAAUUCGAGCAGUGAAUUGCACUUGUCCAAUGUAGAAACUAACGUCAUCUCUAAUGAAACUACAAUAUCCACCGAAAUGUCAACAAGUAAAUCCACCGAAAAUAAACUAGAUAUUUCAUCAGUAACAACAUCAACUCCAAAAUUUAUGUCCGUCGUUACCAGUCCAGAAUAUAAUUUCAUUAGUGAUGGUAUAUCUUUUGAAGCUUUUGAAAAUACUCUACCUCCAUUAUUUGAUAAACCUACGAUAGGACAAAUUGAGGCAUUAAUCUGCAAAGAAGAACCAUGGGAUUUGAUGGAAUGGUCAGAUAAUUUAAGUAUACCUACAAGUGCACUUUAUUUAAAUUUAUCAUCACAAAUUCAAUAUCUGGUUACUAAAAGUGUACAAUUAGCGAAUGUUCAAAUUUCAUUCUCGUUCAAAAUUCUGAACGUCACGUUCGAAAAAAAAAUGAUUCAACUUGGAUACAUGGAAAACUUUCGAAUAAUCGACUGUAUCCUAAUGAAAAUGACGGUGGAAAUGAGAUCAUUGGAAGCUUCACUACUAACCGAUAAGGAAUUAACGCAGAUUUUCAUUGAAGGAUGGAAAAAGUUGAAUGUUACGAGUGGACCAUAUUUGGUUGACAUUGAGUUCACUCCAAUCUUUAGAGUUCAAGGAACACUUUAUACUGGUAACAAUUCAGAUCUAUAUCUUUGGUCAUCAGAUUUAGCAAAUUCAUCAACAAUAGAAUAUAUAACAUUGAAAAUGAAACUUUGUACUUUUAUUAUUGAAAGUUUAAAUGAAAGUUAUUCUUCUAUAAUUAAAAAUGCAAAAUGUUCUAAUGUAAUCUUCAUCCCAAUCAAUGUGAAUAAUUUACAAAUAAGACAAAUUAAUAAUACAAAUCUCAUUCAAGGUGUUCAAGGAAUUGCUGAUAUUGAAUUAUUACUUAUUAAUACUACAAAUAUAAAUGAAAGUCUAUUUAUUACUGCUUUAAUAUAUCAUGGAAUGAAUAUGAGUAGGACUUUUAAUAUCUAUUUAUUGAAUAUUGAAGUUAAUCUCAUCUCUAAUGAAACUACAAUAUCUACCGAAAUGUCAACAAGUAAAUCCACCGAAAAUAAACUAGAUAUUUCAUCAGUAACAACAUCAACUCCAAAAUUUAUGUCCGUCGUUACCAGUCCAGAAUAUAAUUUCAUUAGUGAUGGUAUAUCUUUUGAAGCUUUUGAAAAUACUCUACCUCCAUUAUUUGAUAAACUUACGAUAGGACAAAUUGAGGCAUUAAUCUACAAAGUAGAAUCAAGGGAUUUGAUGGAAUGGUCAGAUAAUUUAAGUAUACCUACAAGUGCACUUUAUUUAAAUUUAUCAUCACAAAUUCAAUAUCUGGUUACUAAAAGUGUACAAUUAGCGAAUGUUCAAAUUUCAUUCUCGUUCAAAAUUCUGAACGUCACGUUCCAAAAAGUCACAGUUCAAAUUGAAACUGUCUACAGAGUUAAUAAUACUGAAAAAUACGAAUAUCGAUUAAUCGACUGUAUCUUAAUGAAAAUGACGGUGGAAAUGAGAUCAUUGGAAGCUUCACUACUAACCGAUAAGGAAUUAACGCAGAUUUUCAUUGAAGGAUGGGAAAAGUUGAAUGUUACGAGUGGACCAUAUUUGGUUGAAAUUGAGUUCACUCGUUCACCGACAAGCAUGUCAGCUUCGACUAGCAGCCUUCAACAGACAGACAGAAGUAGUGUCUCAACAGAAUUCGCACAACCGAUUAGGACAACGGAGACGGUGAAGUCGACAUCAACAGUGAAGACGACGAGCCCAUCAUCAACUACUACAUCAGACGAUUUCGAAACCUUUAGUUCAACAACACUGACUACACAAAGAUCUACUUCAUCUGAAUAUAAAGAACUAACCACACAAUCUAAAAUAACUUUGCCUGUUUCAACAAUUCCAGUAGUUCAUAAUCGAACUGAUGAUCAAUUUACACGAAUACACUCUACAACUACUUCAAAACCACAAAUUGAUUAUCCAAUUCUAUGUCAAAUCAGUGGAUUCAUUUAUUUUUCAAAAUCAUUUCAACCAAUGGAAUGGUUAGAUGAUUUAAUUGAUAAUUCAAGUGAAAUUUAUCAGAAUUUUUCAUUAGAUAUACAAAAUCAAAUCAACAAUGUAAUGGAAAUAUUAGAUUUACAAUUUGCUUUAUCUCUCAAGAUUCUUAACAUUAAAUUCACAAAAAUUCCUAUAACAAUGCAAAGUAUGCAUGAUAAUAAUAAUAAUAGUAGUAAUAAUAAUACCACUAAUCUUCGAAAUUCCACCGUAACCUAUAAUAUUAGUAGUCAGAUCUCAGUGACAAUUACAUUAGAAGCGAAAUUACUACUACCAUUACCAAUUCCAGACAAUAGGAUGACAGAGAUUUUAAAUGAAGGAUGGAAGCACUUAACAAUCAUAUCACAAUUCAUUUUAAUUGAUAUACAAUUUUCAAGUAUAUCAACUGAUCUUAAAACCACUCAAACAUUACCAAUAAUGACUAUUACAGAAAAGAUGAAAAUCAAUCAAACAACUACGUUACCUAUGAUAAAACCAACAACUGAUACUACAUUAGACAAUUUAGAAGGUAGAUUAUGA